AUGAGGGGUCUGGAGGAGGAUCUGAGAGGGGCUGAGGAGGGCUGUGUGAGAGCCAGGGCUGAGGUCCACACUCACAGCCUUCUCCUGGAGGAGACGGCCCGGGAGCUGGAGAGAGCAGCACACUCCCAGGAAGAUGCUGUACUGCAGCUGAAGGAGAGAGAGGACAGACUGAGUCAUCUUCUACAAGAUGUUGCAGCGCUGAAGACCACCCAGGAGUCCCUGAGCAGGACCCUCACCAUGAAGGAACACCACAACCUGCAGCUCACCCAGGACAACACACACCUCCAACAGACCCUGGCCCUGCUCCAGGACAAGAUCCAGGCCAGUCAGCACACGGUGGGGGUUAUGAGGGUGGAGGUGGACCAGGUGGAGGUGGACCAGGUGAGGGCCAGGCUGGCUGAGGAGGCAGGCUUGCGGCAGAGGCUCCAGUCCCAGCUCCUCCAGAACAUCCAGGACCUGGAGCGAGUCCAGAAGCAGCUGGCCAACACACGCUCCGCCGCCGCCAAGAAGAUCCACAGGAGAGAAUCCAAGAUGGCGUCGCUGCUGAAGGAGCUCUCGGAGUGUAAGAAGAAGCACUCUGACUGUCAGGACGAGCUGCUCAGUGUUCAGGCCCUAAUGCAGGAUCUGCAGGAGGACAGGAGACUGACAGGAUCCAAGAUGGAGGAGCAGAACAGAGAGCUCCGGCAGCUCAGAGACACGCUGGAGACCCACCUGGCUGUCACCAGCGACGAGCACCACGCCACUCACAACCUGGUGAGCAGUAGAGACCAGAUGAUUCUGCAGCUCAGAACCCAACUGAGGACAGCAGAACAGAUGCAUCAAGGUUCCCCUGAAGAGCUGGCUGUGCUGGAGGCAGAGGUGAACCGUCUGAACCUGAAGGUCAAAGGUCAGCAGGAGGAGGCGUGUCAUCUCUGGGAGAAGGUCAGAGAGGGGGCGGAGCUACGGAACCAGGAAGAGAAGGAACGACUGGAGUUACAGAAGCAGGUGUGCGCCAGCCAGCAACAGGUGAAGUCCCAGGCUGGGAGUAUCGAUCAGAUGACCUCUGACCUGGAGGCAGUUAAGCAGGCUCACAGGACUGACACCGAGCGUUGGACCCAGAGGAACUUCCUGCUCCACAGCCAAUUAGAGCAGGUCAGCUGUGAGCUCAGCCAAUCCCAAGCCGGGGUCAGGGAGCAGGGAUUAGAGGUCAAGAGGCUGAGGGAGAGACUGAGCCAGGCCGAGGCAGGGAUGCAGCAGGCCGGGGAGAAGGUGGAGGUAUCUGAGGGUUCGUUGAAGAAGCGCAACGCAGAGAUCAUCCUCCUUCACAAGCAGCUGGCCUCUGUCCAGGAGGACCUGAAGGAGACCAGCUCCAGAGCAGAGGAGCAGGUGGACCUGGCAGCCAUCUUUAGACAGAAGUACUCUGCAGCCAUGGAGAAGGCUCAGCGGCGUCAGGGGCAGAGAGACGGUCUGGAGGAGGAGCUGAGGAGCUGUCAGCAACAGCUGGGGGAGGCCAAAAGGGAAGUGGGCGGGAUUAAGGCAGAGCUAGCCGAGAUGAAGGGACGGUACCAGGAGAAGCUUGGCCAAUGGGAGAGCUCUGAGGAGGCCCUGGAGCAGUUGACGGACGAGCUGCAGUCCAAUCAGAGUGCUCUAAGGGAGAGCCAGGAGAGAGUGGGCCAGUGUGAGGGCCUGAUAGCAGCUCUGCAGCAGCAGCUAGACUCUGUAACGCAGCAGGUGGGGCAGUGUGAGGGAUCUCUGAGGUCUUACCAGAGCAAGCAUUCCUACUCUGAUGAGGAGUUCUGCAGCCUGCAGAAACACAGGCAGCUGCUGCAGAGGCGCUGUACUGAACAGGCAGACCGUCUAGCAGAGUGUCAGCAGAGCUUGAUCCAGGCAAGAGCAGAAGGUCUUCACCAGACAGAGGAACUAGAGAGACAGACCCAGGAGAGGGCGGGGCUAGAGCACAGUCUGCAGUCUCUACACCUUGACCUGGCCGCCUCCCACCACACACACAUGGCCAAACACACACACCUGCAGCAGGAAGUGACAUGUCUGCAGCAGGAAGUGACACGCUUGGGUCUGGAGCUGGACACGGCUCGCAACAGCUGCUUAGAGAAAGAACAGGAGGUGCAGGAGCGCGGUGCUUUGCUCCAGCGGUGUGAGGAGGACCUGAAGGAGACCAGGGCAUGUCUGGAGAGGAGGAGCAGGGAGCUGGAGGAGGCCAGAGAGGAGGUGCAGAGGGAGGAGAGAGACAGGAGGAGCACCGACCAGCAGAACCAGAGGCUCAGGUGUCACAUCAGACAGCACAGGGAGGAGACAGGGGAGCUCCACACACUACACACACACUCAGUGGUGGAGUUGGCAGCUUCUGAGGACGAGGUGAGGAGGUUGGAGGGGUGUGCGAGUGAGGGAAGACAAGCGGAGGAGAAGAGGAGGGCGACAGUGGAGAGGCUGGAACAGAGGGCUCAGCAGCUCAGACAGGCCUUACAGCAGACUGCUGAGGAGACUGUCAACACACACAGAGACAAGCUGCUCGCUCAGCAGCAGGUGAAGCACUAUGAGGGCCUUGUGGGGGAACAGACCUCAGAGCUGGAGGCCAUGGCAGUGAGGGUGGGGGAGCUCGGAGCCAGACUGGCCCUGACGGAGCACAGCAACACUGACAUGCGGCUCAAGCUGACAUCAUCAAAAAGCGCCCUGAGGCUCAAGCUGACAUCAUCAGAAAGCGCCCUGAGCCAAGCCCAGGAGAAGCUGGACUCCCUGCAGUCGGAGUUGGAGGAUGCUCGUUCUGACAACACACACCUUCACCAGGAGAGCCAGCUCGUCAUGUCCCAAGUCAACCACUGGGUCAAAGAGCAGAGGGUGACCAGUGAGAGUCUGGCAGCUCAGAUCCGAGCCCAAAACAAAGUGUUGAUCCUCAUCACUGAGGAGAAGGAACUUCUUGAACAGGCUAAUGAUUCUCUGAAGCAGGACUUGAGGAUGCUAAGGGAAGAGCUGGAGGAGAGGGAGAGAGAGGCGGGGCUAUGGAAGGUCCAGGAUGAAGAAGAAGCAAGCAAACAGCAGCAGGAGACGGAGAGAGAGAGCUGUGUGCUCCACAACCUGAGCAGACUCCAGGAGAUGCAGGCCAGACUGCAGGUAAACCUGGAGGCCAUAGCUGUGCUGAACCAACAGCUGAGUGUUUUGGGUGGAGAGAACAAGGCAUUGCAUCGUCAGCUGGAGGAGGAGAGAUCCAGGCGCAGGCGAGCAGAGCACCAUCAGCAGCCCUCCACCCACCAUCAGCAGCCCUCCACCCACCAUCACCAGCCCCUCCCCAAUGAACCUCCCUCCCUUCUCCCUCAUAGCCUCUGUCCCAGCCCCGGGGAGCACCACGUGGAGCUAACCCGGGCAGAGCUGAGUAUGAGGGGGCCGCAGGCUCCAGGCGAGCCCCAGGCUGUGGGUGAGGCCUUCUGGAGGAGGAGGGUUGGAGAGCUUUCAGCUCAGCUCCAAGACGGCUCUCUCUAUUGGUCGGAGAUAAUGACGGCUCCAACAGGCUCCACCUCCUUGUUGACCUGACCUCCACUCCUCACCCCAGCUCCUGACCUCUGACCUCACCGAGGACUAGGAUCAGGUCACCACGCCUGAGGUCAAGGGCAGGUUCCAUGAUGCUUUCACCUGUGGCCAGGCAGAGGGUUGUAGGACUGUAGAACCAGCCUGUAGCGGUGCCUGGCUUCCAACAGGAAGUGACUUUGUCUCCAACAAGGGGUCAGAUGGCUGAGCGGUUAGGGAGUUGGGCUAUUAAUCGGAAGGUUGUUGGUUUGAUUCCCGGCCCUGCCAAAUGACAAUGUGUCCGUGGGCAAGGCACUUUACCCUACUUGCCUCGAGGAGAAUAUCUCUGUACUUACUGUAAGUCGCUCUGGAUAAGAGCGUUACAUUAAAAUGUAAAAUAACAUAUUUACCACAAGUUUGUGGUCCUCUGCAAGAGGAGGAUGAUGGGGUAACUGUGUGAGGCUGGAGGAUGAUGGGGUAGCUGU